GCAAAACAUCUUUGUGCCAGUAUGUAUACAUACACAGCAACGAAGUAUUCGUACGAUUCUCAAGCACGAAGAUGGCGACCACCACGUCAGCUACUCAGAAGCUCCUUAGCAUCGGCACUAAGAUAGUCGCCGUCGGGCGCAACUAUGUUGCUCACGCCAAAGAGCUCGGCAACGCCGUCCCUAAGGAGCCAGUGCUGUUUCUGAAGCCGACAAGUUCGUAUUUGGAAAAUGGAGGAACGAUCCAGGUGCCGCAUCCUCUGGAAUCGCUGCAUCAUGAGGUGGAGCUGGCGGUGGUGAUGAGCAAAAAAGCUAGGGAUGUAUCCGAGGCCACUGCUAUGGACUAUGUCGGAGGUUAUGCUCUUGCGUUGGAUAUGACUGCAAGGGAGAUCCAAUCUGCUGCAAAGUCUGCAGGUUUGCCAUGGACUGUAGCUAAAGGCCAAGACACCUUCACUCCAAUCAGUGCUGUUAUUCCAGCAUCAAUGGUGCCAGAUCCCCAUGAUAUUGAAUUGUGGUUGAAGGUUGAUGGAGAAAUUCGACAAAAAGGCUCUACAAGGGAUAUGAUAUUCAAGAUCCCAUAUUUGAUUAGCUACAUAAGUUCUAUUAUGACACUACUUGAGGGUGAUGUCAUUUUAACUGGAACUCCUGAAGGUGUUGGCCCAGUGAAGGUAGGACAAAAGAUAGAAGCUGGAAUUACAGGUAUCCUGGAUGUGCACUUUGUUGUUGGAAGGCGUCAGAUUGCUAAACCAUGAUAUUUUCAAUGUACUAUUAUACUGUAACUGACCCAGACCUGAAGGCUGAAGGCUGAAGGUCUACCAUCUUACAUUCAUUGUGAAAUAAAAUUGUAAAACAGCAGAAGCAUUUUAUUCAUAUGAAAAGUUUGAACUUCAGGAUCA